CUCCUAAUUUAUUUUAUACAGCUGUUCGUUGUUUCAUCCACAUGACUUUGACUCACGACGGGGCGAUGACCUACGCCAAAGUGAGGAGGCUUGUGUCAUUAUUCUCAGCUCUGCUGAAGGGGAGAAAAGCUCUCUUCAGGCACUUAUUACACAAACUCGCCCCUUAUCAACCACUUUGUCAGGAUCAGGACACGAGAAAGAUCCGUCACCUAUGGAGCAAAACCAGGGCAAAGAUGGAGGACAGAGAUAACGCGGGCUCACCGAGGUCUCAAUCCUCCUUGAUGAAACCAUCUGAUUUUGAUUACCUCAAAGUCAUUGGCAAAGGGAGUUUUGGAAAGGUGCUGCUGGCCAGACACAGAAAACGUGGAGGCUACUUUGCUGUGAAAGUGUUACACAAACAGACGGUUGUUAUGAGGAAAGAGCAGCAGCAUGUGAUGGUUGAGAGGAGCGUUCUGCUUAAAGGGGUGCAACAUCCCUUCUUGGUGGGACUCCACUAUUCUUUCCAGACACCAAACAUGCUCUACUUUGUUGUGGACUAUGUUAAUGGAGGCGAGCUUUUCUAUCACCUCCAGAGAGAGCGUUCAUUUCCUGAAAGCAGGGCUGCUUUUUACGCUGCAGAGAUGGCCUUGGCGCUGGGCUACCUUCACUCCUUAGACAUUGUGUACAGAGACCUCAAACCGGAGAACAUUUUACUAGACAGCGAGGGACACGUGAAGCUGACCGACUUUGGACUCUGUAAAGAAGGGGUGGCCGUAGGUGGGCUCAUGCAUACGUUCUGCGGGACUCCGGAGUACCUCGCUCCAGAGGUGCUGCAGGGUCACAUGUACAGUCCCGCAGUGGACUGGUGGGGACUUGGCUGCGUGCUUUUUGAGAUGCUGCACGGGCUGCCUCCAUUUUACAGCAACAGUAAAACAGAGAUGUUUGAGAAGAUACUCCAUGCGCCUCUUCGCCUGCGGAGUGGAAUAUCUGAGGUGGCCUGCUCGCUGUUAGCGGGUUUACUGGAAAGGAAAAUCUCCAGACGCUUGGGGGAAAGCCGUGACAUAGUGGAGCUGCAGGAACAUGCGUUCUUCGCGUCCAUCAAUUGGGAUGACCUACUGGCGAAGAAAGUCCCGCCUCCAUUCAUCCCCAAUGUGAGGAGUCCUUGCGACAUCAGCUACAUCGACCCCGAGUUCACGCUACAGCCCGUGCCUGUCUCCAUAAAUGACAGGUGCCAAGAGGGCGGGAUAAGUGAAACCUUUGUAGGAUUCUCCUACAUGAACGCCACAUGAGCUGCUUUCAUCAAGUGGAUGGAGCAACAAUUGUAGCAACCAUUGUACAAAGUAUUUAUUUUUGAUACUGAUGGUCUAGUGGUUCACUCGCCUGAAUGUGAGUUUAAAUUGUUUUUCUCUCACUCUGCGCGCUUUGUGAUUGACCAUUCCAAGGUGCGGUCAGCUGGGAUAGGCUCCAGCUCACCUGUAACCUUGAAGAAGAUAAGUUCCGUAGAAAAUGAAUGGAUACUGUGUGUGUUUCAAUGGGUAUGGAUGAUAUUAAAAAAAAAAUGAAGACCUCUAUUUAUCAUGAUGUGUGCUGAUUUAGCUAAUGGCUACAACCAUAUAGUUAGGUGAGGAACAGUUCGUCCAUGUGCUCCACACUUCAAGCACUUACUAAACUCCAAGAAUUUCCAUCCAAGUAUAACAUUUGAUAGUUAAACAUGUCUGCAAGGUUGUGUAAAGUGUCCAGAUAUUUACGAGGCUGAACUCCAUGGCUGUAGUUCCUAAAUGGUAAAUGUCGUGUUCUUGUGAAACCUCAACAAGUAAAGAUCAAAACCUA